UUCCCCUUUGUCCUCUCUUAAUUGUGUGUGCUCUUCUUGAUCAUCUGUGUCCAGUUGAAGAUCGUAGAUGGAUCAUUCAUGGCGUCCUCAUCUUCUUCCACCACCAAUUCAAGGUAGAAUCUGUCCAUCUUGCUCAAUCUCACACUUCCCCUUUUGCCCUCCUCCAACCCCUUUCCCUUCUAACCCUAGUUUCCGAUAUCCACCACCACAUCCCAAUCAACCCCUCCCCCGCCCUCCACUUCCUCCUCAUGAGGCGGCGUACGACCCCUUCAUCGAUCAUCGCGGUGGCCCCCCUAUUCCCCCUCCUCAUCGUCCCACUGUUGAUGGCUACGAGCAUCAUCCCCGCCCCUCAGAUGUGUAUGGAAAUAUAAAACCUAGUUAUGAUUCACCGGGUUCUUUUAAUGUUGGAGUAAAGAGAAUGAGAGUUGAUGAUUCAUCGGGUACUUUUACGAAUGAAAAAUUGACUAGUUUAGCUAGGUUUUCAACUGACAAUGAGAGGAGAUUGCAGCUGAUUAGCGAAUUUGGUGGGGCAGCUCACGAAUUAGACAAAGGGCGUGUAAGUUUUGAUGGUGAAGAAUAUGGAAAAUUUGAUGGAUUUUUAGGUGGCAAAAAUAGCAAUAGCAGUUAUGUAGAUCAAGGUUAUGGUAAUAUGGAUAGAAAUCAAACAUUUCAUGACCAAGAACGUUUUGAGAGACAGCAAUAUCCACCGAGGGAAGGGAAUGUACAGUUUGGACAAUUAGGAUAUGACAAGAAUGGUUACAAAUAUGGUAGUCCUCAAGCUGAUACUCACCACAAUGUAGAGCACGACCAACAGAAUUAUGAAGGAUCAAGGUAUAGCUCAAAACUUGGAGAUGGUUAUCUUCCAAGGCAUGGAGUUUCAGGGAUGAAUAAACUGUACAAUGAACAGACAAGCCAUUUUCCCGUGGAUGGUCACAGUUACAACCAUCAUUAUUCGCAGGCUUAUGCAAUGCCGAAUCACGUGGAGUCAAAAUCAAAUCACUAUGGUUCCCCAUAUGACCAGAGGGUUAAUUCAGCGGACCGUAGUGGCACGAGCUUAUAUUCGGCACAGGGUUGUAAGACAUAUGCUAGCCAGCCGCCACUUCCAGCUUCUCCUCCACCUCCUCUUCCAAUGGAACCCCCUUUGCGCGAGCGUCUUGUCUCAUCUUCACCACCUGGAACUUCUGCCUCAUUGUUUCCAGGUUCUGUUGGCUCUUCAGCUCCUUUGUCAUCAUAUUAUCCUCCACUCCCGGAAGAGAAGUCCAUAUCACGUUAUCAGCCCAAUUUACAUUUGUCAUCUGGCACUGCUAUCGAGCAAGUCCAUAUGCAUCGUUAUACUUCAUCAUCUAUACGCUCCAGAGGAAGUGAACAUCCUCUGCUAGAGGUACCUUCAGAUAAGUCAAAAGUCAUUGAUGCUAUACACAUUCUAAAGCAUCCAUACCGAGCUACCCGACCUGAUCAUCUUGUUGUUAUUCUUCGGGGACUUCCAGGGAGUGGAAAGAGCUAUUUGGCAAAGAUGUUACGUGACCUUGAGGUUGAAAACGGUGGCACUGCCCCUCGUAUUCACUCAAUGGAUGAGUACUUCAUGACUGAAGUUGACAAGGUUGAGGAGAGUGAGGUUUUGAAAUCUUCUGGUUCUAUCAGGGGCAAAAAGAUGGUGACAAAGAAGGUUAUGGAAUACUGCUAUGAACCUGAGAUGGAGGAGGCUUAUCGUUCAAGCAUGUUGAAGGCUUUCAAAAAGACCCUGGAUGAGGGGGCUUUCUCCUUCGUAAUUGUGGAUGACCGCAAUCUGCGGGUAGCUGAUUUUGCUCAGUUUUGGGCAUUUGCGAAGAGAUCUGGCUAUGAAGUGUACUUGCUAGAAGCAGCUUAUAAGGACCCAGCGGGAUGUGCAGCAAGGAAUGUGCAUGGUUUCAUGCGGGAUGAUGUACAAAAGAUGGCUGACCAAUGGGAGGAAGCUCCAUCCAUGUACUUGAAACUUGAUGUUAAGUCAUUACUUCAUGGAGAUGCUCUGGAGGAAGGUGGAAUCCAAGAGGUGGACAUGGAUAUGGAAGAUGAUGACUCAUUGGGAGUGCCUUCCACUUUAGAUGAAGAGAAUAUUGAGAAGUUUACAGUACCUCCCCAAGAGGAUAUUCCAUCUUAUGGCGAUGUAAAGGAUGAUCAGGAUUCAGACCAUGAAGAGGAUCACCGAAUAACUGAAGUAAAAGAAUUGGCAAAGAGUAAAUGGUCAUCUGAUUUGGAUGAAGAUGAUACUCGAAGAAAUAAAGAUGCCACUAAAAACAUAAAUGCUCUCUCUGGGUUGAUACAAUCUUACAGCAAGGAAGGAAAGUUCGUACAUUGGGGUGACCAGGUAACCAAAAGAGGCUUUUCUAUAGGGGCAGCAAAAGCAACCAAUGUAUCUUUAAUAAUUGGUCCUGGUGCAGGAUACAACUUGAAGUCAAACCCCUUACCUGAUGAAGAGAAGUUGACAUCAACUCGACAUAAUGGUGAACCAAAGAGGCAGAACAUAUUUCAAGAGAGAUUACGAGCAGAACACGAGUCGUUUAGGGCUGUUUUCGAGUCCUUCAGAACUGGUUCUGACAAGAGGCGGCAGCGGAUAUUUGGGCUUAAUACUGAAGAUGAAUAGUACAU